AUGCAACAAUUAAGUAGUCUCGAUACGACAGAACCUAUUGAUUAUGAUAAUUUAAAUAUUGUUAUUCAUCCACGACCACGACGACGACGUCCAAGUGGUACAUCAUUAGUACCAUUUCGACCUUAUGUUAAAUGUUUAACUAGUAUACGAGGACCAUUUUCAUAUGCUAAUGGAAGAGAUCCAUGGAUGAUUGUAGGAAGAAAACAAGAACUUUUUAAACAAGAAAAUGCAAGAUGUAUUGGUUCAUUAAUUGAUGAUUGUGAUAUAUCGGAUGUUAUUCGAUGGGAUAUUGCAGGAGAUUCAACUCGUUUACCUAUGAUGUGCAAAUUAUGGAUAAUUGUUGAUGGUGCUGUUGUUGAACGAGGAAAACCACAUUUAGUUCAAGAUGCAGCUAUUCAAGUGUUUACAUCAGGUCGUAAUCGUCGUUCGAUAUUAAUAGCUGAACAACGAUAUAAGCCAAAAUCAGUAUCAACAUUUGAUCGACGUCGUCGUCAUUCUUGGCAUGAAGUUAAUGAAUAUCAUAGUAUACCAUAUUAUCAAUAUACUCGUGCUCUUCGAUCAGGAAUUUCAGAAAGUAUUCAAUGUAAUUUGGAUAAUGAACAUUUAAUUAGUAUACAACAGUUUCUUCCACAUAUUAGAGAAGAAACAGUUGAAGAACAUCGACCGAUACAUAUAGAAAAACAUUAUGCUGAAGAAAUAGUACAUAUUCAUCGAAUGCCAGAACAUCGAGUUCAUAUUUCAAUAAUGACACAAACAGAAUAUAAAUCUCAUGAUAAAUCAACAGAAACUGAUGAUGCAUUCAUUAAAUUAUUUAAUCUUGAUAUACAAACAAAGAAAAAUCUUUUAUCACCUGUUGCAAAUACAUAUAUUUCGGAUUUUUCAUCAAAUUCUAAUUACGAUAUAAAAACAAUGAUUCGUAAUGGUAUUAAAUAUUCAAAUCAAUCAGUAUCAACUGGUGAUGAUUAUCCACAAUGGUGGCUUCAACUUCCAGCUAAUAUAAUUUUAUCUAGUUUUAUAACAAGACAUAAUGAACAACAUAAUACAUAUAUAAAUUUUAUUUCUUCAAGACAACAAGAUCAAUCAAUACAAACAAUUACUGAACAAAAUACAGAAAUUGAAUCUGUAAGAAAUCAAAUAUUAUCAUCAACACAAUCACCACAUAUUCAAAAAUCUUCAUCGUCUAUAACUAUAAAUAAUAAUUAUGAAAUUAUUGAUCAAAUUGAUGAUGGAAAUAAUGCAAGAAGAUUAUUUCCUUUGAUUAAUCAUCGUCCAAGAAGUGAUUUAUAUGGUGAUAUAGAUCAUCAUUUAAGUGAUGGUCAAUUCGAAACUUUAUCUAGUGGUGAAAAUGAUCGUUUACGCCGAGCAAGAACUUCAUCAAAAUAUUCUGAUACUGGUUAUAAUACACAUACAUCAACAAUUGAUCAAAUAUCAUAUUCAACACCUAAUCCUUGUAAUAUUCAAGUUCCAUAUCGUUGUUCAGCUAAUGAAAUAUAUCGAAGAACACGAACAAAAAGUUCAGAAAAUACAUCAUCAACUGUAUUAGCAACUUUAAUUGAAAGAUAUGAAAGAUCAUUACGUGAAAGACAACGAUCUAUUGCCAUUGUUAAUAAUGAAUUAUUAGAUAUUGAUGAUGUUCUUCAAUAUUAUAGAGAAAAAUUACAAAAUUCAAAAACAACACAAUCAAAUCAAACAGCACAACUUUAUCGAGAUAUAGCAUUCUUAUCAUUACAAUCAAAAGAAGAAUGUUCAACAUCAUCAGAAUUAGUAAAUCGUUUAACAAAAACAAAAUAUCAAUCAAUGACAAAUAAAACAUAUAAAAAAACGUUUGAAGAUUAUAUUCCAUCAUCACAAAUACUUUUAUCAAAUUCAAUAUUAAAUUCUCUUCGACAUCAACAAUCACAUUUUGAUUAUUGUAAUUUAUGUUUAAAUAAUCAUGAUACAAAUUCAGCAUGGAUUCGUUAUAAUCAAGGAUGUAUUAAUCAAAUACAAAAACGUAUUAAUUUAAUGUUACAAAAUGAUGAUAAUGAAGAAAUUAAAUUUUUAUUAUCAUCUACAGAUCCAAUAACACAACGUAUAAAUGAUAUUCAUAAGAGAAAAUCAAAACGUCGAAAUCAUAUAACUUAUUAUCAUGAUCGAAUUCUUUCACCUCAUCGAUAUAAUUUUCGUUUACCAUAUCGUCUUAAUCAAUCAUUAACAAGUUCUCCUCGUUUAUUAACACGAAAUGUAAUACGAUCAAUACCUUCACUAUCAAAAUCAGUACGAAUUUCAACUAAUCAUGAAUAUAUUCCAAAUGAAAAUUAUCUUCGUAAACAAACAUCAUCAUUAAAAAUACUUUCUCGACCAACUGUUUCAAUUUUACGUCGUAAUGUAUCAACAUCAACAACAUGUUCACAUCAAUUAGUUGAACCAUCACAUAUAUGGAAAAGUAAUAUUGAUGGAACAGUUUAUUUACUUGAACAAUUUAGUAUUCCACGUUAUUAUCGUUUAUAUAAUGAUGUUACUUUUCGAGAAAUUUAUAAUUUUUCACGUUUACUUGAAUCAUAUAUAAAUAAUAGUGGAUUAACUUCAAAAGAUUAUUCAUCGAUUAUUAAAAACUUUGCAUUAAAACAACAAUUACCAACUAUAACAAGUAUAGCAUAA